AUGCAAAAUGCACAGACGGUUUUUAUAGUUCAUAAAAAUUUGUCAUGCAAGAAUUCGGAAUAUGCUUUAUUCUGGUCAUUAGAAAAUUUAAUUGAUCCAGAUAAGGAUGAAUUGUUAUUAUUGAGUGUAGGUGUUUUGACUGAUGUUUCUCCUUUUGAAUAUGAAUACACGGCUGCCUCAAGAAAUUUAUUGCCUCAAAGUGAAAUAGAAUUGCAAAAAAAGCAACAUCUUACAUAUGAAUCGUAUGUCAAUUCAAGUUCAGACCCUACAAAUUACAUUAUUGAAUUCAUUCGAGAACAUAAUGUAGAUGCACUUGUAAUAGGUGAUCAAGGAAUUGAAAAUGAAAUUAAUCCAAACGAAAAUAAUGUUGGAAAUGUUUCUCAACGCUGUUGUAUCCAUUCUGCUAUGUGUACAGUGAUUAUUGCUCGAAAAAAAAGGAAAUAA